GUGUUGGCUGAGGCGGCCAUCCCAAUAGUCCUCCUCAGGCAGAUUUUAGUUCUCUACUCCUACUGGACGUAAAUCAGUUCAUCAUGACGGCUAUCACUCCUCGAAUACUUUCAGCACAAGAUCUGGAAACACCUCCUGAGAACCUCAUCUUCAACAUCACGUCUCCUUUGGGUUACGGAGAAGGCCAUAUCGUGAGUACCGAUGAUCAGAAUGUUCCCAUUACAUCCUUUUACCAGAAAGACCUUGAUGACCUGAAGAUAGCUUACAAGCCUCCUGCAUCUGACUCUAACAUUAAAAGAACUUUCGAAAUUAAGAUGGAAGUGAUAGAUGCUGAGGGUUUGAAUUCUGAACCAUUCAGUUUGAUGAUCGUGGUUCAUCCUAAAAAUACCUUAGCUCCUUUAGCCACACGAAAUUCUGGCCUUAUGUUGUUUGAAGGACAGUCAAGAAAAUUACAGAGUUCCAAGAAUCUGGAAAUAGCUGAUGAAAAUAACAUUGAUGAGGUUAUAGUGUCAGUCUCAGAUGGGCUGAGACAUGGUCAGUUGUUGUUCAUGGGAAGCCCAGUGAAGCAGUUUUCCCCUGCUGACUUAGAUGCCGGUUUGGUGACAUAUCAACAUGAUGGUAGCGAAACUUAUAGUGAUAACAUAAUAUUUAUGCUGAAUGAUAGGACUAAACAGGUCGAGUUUCUCUUUCCUGUAAUUAUUUACCCAGACGAUGAUGAACCACCUGUAUUAGAUGUGAACACUGGAUUAACCAUUGCAGAAGGGGAGAAAAGAAAAAUUACCCCAUUUGUACUUAGUGCUACCGAUGUAGACAGUGAUGAUUUAACAAUAAAAUAUGAACUACAACAACCAUUUUCUUCAGAAGGGGAAAUUUUAAAAAAACAACUUGAGGUACCUAAUGACCUCCAAAACUGGCAGUUUGUGGAUGGCAACUACGAGAGACCCAUUACAACCUGGACACAACACGACCUUCUGGAAGGAAAGAUAUUGUACAGACACAGUGGAGAGCAUAAAACUGAACCUGUCAUAGAGAAGAUAAGAUUUCGUAUUUCAGAUGAUAAUAUUCCUCCAAAUGAAUCUAAUGACAAAGAGUUUGUAAUAAAGAUCAUACCUCUGGAUAAAAUCCCACCCGAGCCCUAUCCAGGAACUCCUCUUGAAAUGGUAGUAGAUGAGUUUGAGAAUGCUGACAUCACAAAAAAACACCUUCAUUUCACAGAUAUUGAUACUAAAGACCGCAAACUUAAGUACAAGAUCACCCGUGAACCAUAUGACACAGACCCAAAUAAUCCAUUGGACCCAGGAAAGGUGGUUUUAUCAGAAAAACCUGACCAAGAAGUUACCGAAUUCACCCAAGCUCAAAUAAAUCACCACAAAAUAGCCUAUAAGCCACCAUCAGUUGAACAAGGCAUUAUUCCAAGGGUUAUUCAGUUUGAGUUUGAAGUAGAAGAUCUGGCUGGGAAUGUUCUUCCAGGACAAAUAUUCACCAUCCGGCUGCUACCAGUGGAUAACAAACCCCCAACUAUCCGUAAUAAAGGACUGGAAGUAUUUGAAAACGGUUUUGUAAAUAUAAGUCCCGAUGUUUUGGACGCUGAUGAUAUCGAUACCGAUCCUAACUUUAUUUUAUUUACUCUUAAACAAGUCCCUAACAAUGGCAACAUAAACCAUGGAGAUGUAAAACUAGAAAAGGAAGAUAACUUCACGAAGAACGACAUUGCUGACGGACUGAUAAACUAUGUCAAUAGUGGUGCUGAGAAAGAGAACGAUAAAUUUGAAGUUGAAGUUUCAGAUGGAACUCACAAGGUUCCUAUAACCGUCAAUGUUAAAAUUCGACCUAUUGAUGAUGAGCCACCUAUUCUCCAGUUAGCUCCAGGUACGAUUGGUCUAUCCAUAGACGUCAGGGAAGGUGGCAGAACACAUAUCACCAAUAAGGUUAUCAAAGCCACUGAUCCAGAUACAGAUGAUUUGAAAAUAACAUUCUUCAUUGAUGAUCCUCCUACACAGGGUAGAAUUGAGCUGAAUGGAAUAAGCACUGACAAGUUUACUCAAGAAGAUGUGGAAAAAAACACAAUAUUUUAUGUGCAUAAUGGAGAUGAGAUUGGAGAAAAUAGCACCGUGGAUACUUUUAAGCUGUCUGUUUCUGAUCUGUCUAACGAUUUAUUGUUCGGAGGUAAUAAGAUAAACUAUAUUCAGGUGGAUGUCAAUAUUGAACCAGUUGACAAUGUGGCACCUGAAGUAACUGUGGGUCCAGAAUUAGUUGUUCCUGAAGCAAACAAAUCUAUUAUCUCAACGUUCCAUCUGAAUGCUGUGGAUAUUGAUACUAAUGAUGAUGAUAUAGUGUGUACCAUCCAAGUCCAACCACUUCAUGGUUAUGUGGAAAACAUAUCUCCUGCUCCAGGAUCAGAAAAAUCAAGAAUUGGAAUUCCCGUGACUGCUUUCAAAAUAUCUGACAUAAAAAAGUACCAUAUAAACUAUGUUCAGAGUGUCCACAAGAGGGUGGAACCCAUUAAUGAUAGUUUGACUUUUAGCUGUUCAGAUGGAAUAAACUUUUCUCCACACUCACUCAUUCCAAUAAAAAUUGAACCAACCAAUGACGAAAUUCCGGAAAUAUUUAUGAGAGAAUUUAUUGUUCAAGAAGGUAUGAAACUAAGUAUUGAUCUACCCAUACUAAAUGCAGAUGAUUUGGAUAUUCCGGAGGAUACAUUAACAUUUAGAGUGAAAACCAAACCCGAACAUGGUAAAAUUGUUAUCCAGCUGGCCACUGGAGAUGAAGAGAUAGACAGUUUCACCUUAGAUCAAAUUUCUUUAGGAUCAAGCAUUUUGUAUGAGCAUGAUGAUUCUGAAACAACAGAAGAUGUGUUGGAGUUGGAGUUAACUGAUGGUCUGCACAAUAUCAGCAAGAAGGUGCUAGUAAUAGUGUUACCUGUUGAUGACGAAACUCCUCGUUUGGCAAUCAAUGAUGGAUUAGAGGUUGGUAAGGGAGAAAGUAAAAUAAUUACAAACACAGUAUUGAAGGCAGAAGAUCUGGAUACCGAAGACAGUGACAUAAUAUUCGUAGUUAGACAACCACCUAAACAUGGAGAAUUCAUAAUUUUGGAUCCCAUUUCUCGUUUGCCUUUAUUCAACCUGACGAAAGGUUCUAAUUUUACCCAAGGUGAUAUUGAUGAAGAAGUGAUCAUGUAUACUCACACAGGAAGGGAGGGUGUGAGAGAUCUAAUCAAGUUUGACAUUACUGACGGCUACAACACAUAUGUUGACAGAUAUUUCUGGAUUUCGGUAGAAGGGGCUGAUCAAAUCUUUCCUGACGUCAUCAAUAAAGGCGUAGAGCUUCCAGAAGGGGGAAAAGUCACGUUAACAACAGAUGUUAUUAGUACCAGUGACCUCAACAGUGAUGAUGAACAUCUAAGAUUCAUCAUAACCAGACCUCCCAUCAGAGGGUAUCUGGAGUCUACGGACAAUCCAGGUGUUCCAGUAACAUCAUUCACUCAAUUGGACCUCGCUGGCAGCAAGAUCUAUUACGUACACACUGAUGAUGAAGAGAUCAAAAUGGACAGGUUUGAGUUUGAAGCAACUGAUGGAUAUAAUUCUGUUUACCGGACAUUUAGGAUCUCCAUCAGCGACAUUGACAACAAGAAACCACUUUUAUUCUUAAAUAAACUUCGUGUCCUGGAGGAUGGGGAAAAACUAAUUACUCCAUUUGAGGUAAAAGUGGAAGAUAAAGACACAGAUGAUAAAAAGGUAAAAUUCACUAUCACUCAGGGCCCAGUACAUGGUAAAAUCUUAUAUAACAAAUUACAACCCAUCAAGGUUUUCACAUUAGAGGAUCUUCGACAGAACAAGAUUAGUUACCAUCACGACGGAAGCGAGAGUACACAGGAUGGUUUUUCUUUCACCAUAACAGAUGGAACCCAUAUGGAUUUUUACGUUUAUCCAGAUACUGCAAAGGAAACUCGCAAACCUCAGACAUUAGAAAUAGAAAUUGUUCCUUUCGAUAACAGUAUACCCCAAAUUGUGAUUAAUAAAGGUGCCUCAUCCAUAGAUCUACUGGACAAUGGUCAGCUUGGAUACCGCUUUACCAACAAAAUUCUUCGAGCAGAAGAUUCGGACAGUCAGAAUAUUAUUCUAGAGUACACCAUCACCAUUCCACCAAAACAUGGGUCCAUCAUCAACAAGGCUGUAGGAAACGAAAGCAUUUCUAACUUCACUCAAGGUAGGCCCAUAUUUAAAAACAUUUCUAACUUCACUCAAGGUAGGCCCAUAUUUAAAAACAUUUCCAACUUCACUCAAG